CUGUGAUUGAAAUGCACAUAAAGCACUGGAAGAAAAUAGUGAUAAAAUCUUAGACAAACUUGACAAUAAAUACAAAGAUUAUUAUGGUUUAUUAUAUUUAAAAACCAUUCAUAUAUAAAGGCUAAAUGAAAUAUUAAGACAUUUGUUUAACUCGCUUACGACCUGACACAACAGAAUGAAAAUGGUACUAUUUUACAUCGCACUUCAACUGAUUUUAAUAUCGGAAGUAAUAUGUGGAAGAUUUCCGAGAGAAGUGGAGGAAGGACAAAGUGUAAAUAACAAAAGUAAAACAGAUGAGGAUAAAAAGAUCUUUAACAUAUUAAGAUGCAACCAGAGAAAAGAACGCUACAUCAGUCCUGGCGACUGGAGAGAGCUACAAUUAGAAUACUACGAGUGUGUCAAUUCAUAUUAUCAACGUCGUAAAUGCCCUGAAGGACUUGGAGUCGGAAAUGCCUUCGUAGCAAUGGGAAGCAUCGGAAUACCAACCCGAGAAUGGCCGUGUUUGAAAAAUCUAUGCAUUAAAGAAUAUGUGGCGUGUCCAGAGAAAGUUUGGUGUCCAGUAUAUGAACAAUGCGAUCCUAACAGCUUACGAUUUCCAGUUUUUCCAGUAGGAUUUGAUCAAGGAGCUCUGAAAUUCUGCGGCCUUGACAUUGUGGUUGCCCUCGACAUAAGCUGUUCGAUAUCUGAGGAAAACAAAACAACCGUGAAAAAUUUUAUGAAAGACUUGAUAAAAAAAUUUACGAUACAUCCCGUUGAAACUCAAAUUGGUGGAUUAACAUUUGGUCAAGAGAUACAUAAUAUACAGACGCUUAAACAAGGUCGCAAUAAACCAUUCACACUUCGAAACUUCGACAGGAUGGUAAUGACUGAAAGCAAAUGUAUAACGGCGACAGACUUGGCUUUGGAAGCUGUUAGAGACACCUAUUUUCAAGAAACGCAUGGAGAAAGGGCAGAGAUGAAGAAUGUCCUUAUUGUGACGACAGAUGGACAGACCCAUUAUGGAAGGGAUGAGAAAGUCAAAGCAGCAAAGAUCAGAGUCAGGGAAAUUGCAGAGGAAUUAAGGACUAAGAGGCAGGUUCAGACAUAUACUAUUGCUUUACCAAGUGAAAAGUUCUCCAGGCUCAGACAAGAUAGCGAAAAAGCCCUUAAACAGGCGAGAAUAAAAAAAGAGGCUGAAGAACAAUGGCUGCAAAUAGCUGGAUCUGAAGAUCGAGUUUUCACGCUUGAUACAUUUGAAGAGCUUGGGCAAACACUUGUCACAAUUGCAGCGAUUAACUGUAGAAAUAUCAUUAACUAUUAUGGGGAUCCCUGGGAAAAUAUCAGCCAAGAAUAAUACACUGCCGAUUUUUCUUUUCCUUGAUCUAUGAGAAUCCUUUUUAUGUCUUAAUAUUAAGUAAUUGUAACCUACCAGUGCAUGAUGGGAAGAAGAUUGCUAGUAGGACCAUGAAUGACGAUGUGAUAUCUGCAAUAAUUUCUCCUCUGUCCCGAUUUCCCACUACAUUAGAGCCAUACAGGUUUCCUUGGGUGCUGUAUGUGUUCCCAAGAUUCUCUGGAACAAAAUAUAAAUAUCAUGGUAUGCUUAAGUUCAACUUUUUGAAAACGUAAUAUUGAAUUGAGAAGGUUUUAUAAUACUGAUUCAAACUUUUCACUAUUUCAAAAAAUUUUCUGAAAAAAGUGAAAAAAAAAUUUAAAAAAUUUAAAUAGAAUCUAAGAAGGUAGAUUGUCUCCGGAACAUUAGUAGGUAUGGGAUACAUCUGUCAUAUAUGGUCGGUUUCAGAUAUAGGAUGUCUCUGGAACAUUAGUAGGAUGUCUUUAGAACAUUAGUAGGUAUGGGAUACAUCUGUCAUAUAUGGUUGGUUUCGGAUAUAGGAUGUCUCUAGAACAUUAGUAGGUAUGGGAUACAUCUGUCAUAUAUGGUCGGUUUCAGAUAUAGGAUGUCUCCAGAACAUUAGCAGGUAUGGGAUCCAUCUGUCAUAUAUGGUCGGUU